GAAUAAUAUUAGGAGAUCAAUAUAAAGGUCAAGUCAAUAUAUUUUAGAGUAAGAAGAUUUAUACGUAAUGACAAGUCGUGAGAAUUUAGUUUAUCUUGCAAAACUCGCCGAACAGGCGGAGCGAUAUGAAGAAAUGGUUGAAAGCAUGAAGAAAGUAGCGUCAUCAGACCAAGAACUUACGGUUGAGGAAAGGAAUCUUCUUUCAGUAGCGUAUAAAAAUGUAAUUGGUGCACGUCGUGCAUCAUGGCGUAUUGUAUCAUCUAUUGAGCAGAAAGAAGAAAAUAAGGGAAAUCUUUCUCAGGCUGGUUUGAUUAAAGAAUAUCGUUCUAAAAUCGAAUCAGAGUUAACUAGCAUAUGCAAUGAUAUUUUGGCCGUUCUGGACGCUCAUUUGAUCGCCUCUGCAAGUACGGGAGAAAGUAAAGUAUUUUAUUACAAAAUGAAGGGUGAUUAUUAUCGUUAUUUGGCUGAAUUUGCAGUUGGAGAUAAGCGCAAAGCACCUUCUGAUGCUUCUUUGGCAGCAUAUAAGGAAGCGUCAGAUAUUGCAGGUACGGAUCUUCCACCAACACAUCCUAUUCGUCUUGGGUUGGCUCUUAAUUUCUCUGUUUUUUACUACGAGAUAUUAAAUUCACCCGAUUGUGCUUGUCAUUUAGCUAAACAAGCAUUCGACGAUGCUAUUGCUGAGUUAGAUACAUUAUCUGAGGAGUCUUAUAAAGAUUCUACGUUGAUUAUGCAACUUUUAAGAGAUAAUCUUACGUUGUGGACAUCUGACAUGCAGGAUUCCAAUGAGAAAAAUGACUCUAAAGAGGCUGUUUCAGAAGUUCCUGAUCCAGGAAAACCUUCUGAAACUGAAGCUUCAAAAACAGAUGACAUUUGAGUUCAUUAUUUGUUUUUAAGUAUAAAAUAUAAAAUUAACUAUUUAA